UUCCAAGUACUAAUGGGUUGCCCGCCCUCCGAGGCGUGGCCCAGGGGGGAAGGACCAGGAAGGUCUGCCUGCUUUGCUUUGCCUUGCCUUGCCUUGCUUUGUCUCGCCUGCCUCUCAGGCUGGGAAGCCAGCGCCUUCGGGGAAGGAAGCAGGGCCAGCCAGCCUGAAUAGAAUGAAUUACUGCCCUAUCUUUAAAAAAUUGCAAGCUACAGAGGAACAAUUUGCAUUAAAUAUGUCACUUCUUGCUACUGCUCUCUGGUUCUGCAGGCAACUAUAUACAUAUAUAGCUCAUCUACUGAAAAGAUGGAGCAGAUACCUACAGAGAAAAUUCACAAAAAACCAAAGUGUUUUGGGCGAAGUUGAUCUGCUCAGCUACUGUGCAAAAAAAUGGAAAGGAGAAACAGAGCAGGCCAGACAGAUGAGAAAGGCUUAUGAACAGUUGCUUUGGAAACACGAUGUGAAAUACCUGAGAGAAGUCAGACAGGAUAACUAUUGCGUGCUGAGAGCUGUAUUAUACCAGAUCUUCCGGCAAGGACUUCGCCCUCCAUCAUGGACUAAGGCAAUCGAUGUCCUAAAGCUCCCAGAAAAACUUCUGUAUUCCCAAGGCUGCAAUUGGAUCCAGCAGUAUAGUUUUGGACCGGAACAGUACACAGGUCCCAAUACAUUGGGGAAGUUACGCAAAUGUAUCGAAGCAUUAAAAAAUCAGUGGAUGGAAAUCAGUGGUAUUAAAGACCAGUAUGAAAGAUGGAACCUGUGCAACGCCCUCUUUAAUGACAAAAGUAUGGAGCACAAGUUAUAUGAAGGUGUAAAGUUCAUGAUGCUCUACCAAGUAAUAGAGGCCUACGAAUGCUUCAGCAACAAACAGAAAGGCUUGCCAAGGUUUUUUUACAACCUGUUUACCCGUGAUACUUCCUCGGACCCUUUAAGUUAUAUGAUGAAUCAUCUAAAUUCUGGCGAUGGAAGAGGUCUGGAUCAGGUUGAAAUGUUUCUCCUUGGAUAUUGUCUUGAAGUUAAAAUAGUAGUUUAUCGAUUUUCUAAGUUCAGUUCAGAAGUUUCUCAAGAAAACUAUUUGGAGGGCUAUCAGAAUGAAGUUUUUCUUCUAACUGAAGAUGACCGUCACUAUAACAUUCCAGUUGCCAAGAUAGAAAACUAAUUUCCGAUGAAGAAUAGUGCAGUUAAGACUGUAUGCCAAGCUUGAAACACAAGAAACACAGCUCAGCUAGGCAUCCCAAUCCAACUGCAAUAGCCACUCAUUGGCUAUGAAUCAGGCCAUCUCUCAGCUUAUCUACCUCAGAGAUUUGUUGUUAAGUCCAAAACAAUGUAUAUGGCACUUCCAAGUAGUCAACACAAGUAUGCUUAUGGACGAAGAAUUUGACAGCAUACAAUCUGGCUAUUGCUGAAUAUUCACAUAGACAAACUUCUGUGAUUUGGGUAUAGUGACAUCACAAACUUGUAAAGCAGUUGUUACCCUCUGUCUGAAGGGGGGGGUCUAGUUUUGUAAAAGAGUGGGGCCUAGGGAUCUCUCAAGAGAGAAUUCGCAGCACUACUACCAAGUGGAAAUUUGCCGAAGUCUUGCGGAAAAUUGAUAUAUAACUGAUCUGAAAUGGUACACCAUAGAUGUCCUCUGAGACUCCAGAUGAUAGUUCUACCAGUCCUCAUUUUUAUUUAUAUCAGAGUGGGCACAGUGCAGCCUUCCAGAUCUCACUGGAUUACAGCUCUUGCAUUCCUCAUGAUUGCCUGUUCUUGUUAUGGAUGCUGACUUCAGUAGCAUCCAGAAGUCUGCACUUUAGACCAAAUGUUGUGUCUACACAGAGGGCUACAUCAGCCUUGUGGUUGCCUUCAAAAGGCCAUUUGUAAUAAUAAGACUGUAUAAAUAUAUCUAUGUUACCCUUGUGGGCCACAAAAUGCUGUAGUGGGACAACUUCAGCCCAUGGGCCUUGCUUUUGACAUGCGUGAUCUAUAGCUUCUAUUGUAGUCCUAACCUAUUUGUUGGGUAAGCGGAGACUUACAAUAGCCUGUAUCCAAGUAGAAAAAUUGAAACCUUGUUUGAAUUCAUGGAUGUGGUAGGUAAGUGUUCUUUGAAAGUGCUGAUUUGUUUUGGAAAUAAGAGGUCUUCUUCAAAUAACAGCUAAUGGAAAAUGAGGUAAUGCUUGCCUGUUCACGUUGUACAGUAUGUGUGGUUUGGUCUGAAGCAGGCAUCAGAAGCGUUUUUAUUCCUUAGUGAAAUUACAAGAGUUUUGUUUGCAUUUUCACAUUUCAGAAUUGCUUUUGUGGAAGAAAAUGCAUUUUGUGCCAAAUGCAUUGCAGGGUUUUUGUGAGGAAAAAUCUUAUUUCUGCAGAAUACAUUAUUUUGUUUCCCAAAAUAACCUUUUUGUUGUUGGGAGGAUAAAAGAUCUUGAUCUUUAUCUUCUGUAAUGUUUGCACAAGGGUGGAAAAUAUUACAGAAGAUAACAUGGGGACAAUUUUUCUAGCAUGUACAAGAAGAUUUACAAGUAACCUUCACAUCCACAAUUAGGAGAGUAGGAAUAUGUUGCCCACCAGUGGUCCGCAAAAACUAAAAUAUAUUCCAUGAAAAAUUAAAA